GCUUUAGCGGUUUCGUUGUUUACAAGUACGACGACUGUUCCUACAACUGCUCGAGUUCGCUAUGGGAUGUUGUACUUCAAAGCAAGAGCCUGGUUAUGAAAGAAUCCAAGGUAAAGAAGAACUUAACGAUCUUCCUGAAGAGGAAGUAGUCGCAGCAGCACAAGCUUUAAUGAGAAAAAAGUUGAAGAAUUGGCAAGAGGAAGAAGUCAAAAUUGGCGUCACUGGGUCACCAGGAGCCGGGAAAUCAAGCUUUAUUAACGCUUUUAGAGGGAUUGAUGACAACGACGAGAGAGCUGCGAAAACAGGCACUGUGGGAACACAAUCUGAAUCUGUUUAUUACCCUCAUCCAGAUUACCCGAAGAUGAUAUUGGUGGAUCUAUCCCAAAACAGCACGCCACCCUGUCUUGACCUAUUCCAGUCGUGCGAUUUUUUUUUUAUUUUAAGUGCAACAAGGUUCAGAAAAGAUAACUCCGACACAGCGAAGGAUAUCGAGUCAAUGGGAAAAUCUUUCUUUUUGGUGCGUACGAAAGUGGACUUGGAUGAGGAGAACGAAACGAAAAGAAAAACACGUGAUAUGGAAGACGUGAUAAAAGAAAUUCGGGAUGAGUGUCGUGAAAAUUUAAAGAAGGACGGCAUUAGCAUUAAUGAAGACGAGAUCUUUCUUGUAAGCAACCACUACAAAGAAAAAUGGGAUUUCAGACUCCUGAUAGACGUCAUCAUGAAAAAGAUGCCUACUCUUCAAAAAGAGAAAUUAACGUUGUCAGUGAAGAUCAGAUCGAAGAAUAUCGUGAGCAUGAAAGUUAAGAAUUGGCGAGGUUGGCUAUGCAUAAUGAAGUUCCUUCCCGCUAUUAUCUUAUUUCCGUUUGAUCUUAUUACGUUCGGUUGCAUUUCGGAGUGGUUAAGCACGAAACUAUAUAUUGCGUUGAUCAGAUUCUACAGAUCUAGUCUCGGGCUUCCAGAGGAAAAUUCCGAGGAAUAUAUGAAAAUGAAACAAGAAUUUAAAGAAAGAAUGACCCAAAUUUAUACAAAGAAGAAAAAGCCUUGUCAAAAAAUAUCAAGUUGUUGUUGUUGUUGUUGUUUCUGCUGUGCAUGGUGUAGAACCGGUGAUGCUCUGGACGAAAUCUUAACGGAAAUUGAAAAUUUUUCAAACGAAAUACUGGAUGAAGCUGCCAUCGGGGAAGAGGAAAUAAGUGAAGAAGAAGGUCGUGUGGAGCGUACUGAUGAAAUAGUAUAAAACUUAUCACCUGCAAGUCAUUUAGUAAAAUAGGCCAUGAAAAGUGUUAAAAUGUGUAGGAGAAAUAUGAAUGUUCUCAAACAAAAAAUUAAUGUUUGAAAAUAAUUCAGAUCAUGGCUCAUAUUUAGAAAUCAAACGAAUUUAUUUACUGCAGAAUGCAGCACGUAUAUACUUCAGAAUAAACAGCACAGUUUUUUUGUAAUUAACUACACAUAAAGCUACAGCACGCAGAAGUGGAUUUAGCCUAGAUCUCAUGUGCUUCAAUUACCAGCGAUGGUCAUUGUCGGUGAUCACUGACUAAUGUUGUGCUUUAUUAUUAUGGACAUGCUUUAUUUAUAGCAUUCAUACCAAAUUUUGCAUGUUAAUUGUUUUACCUAAUCAACAUACUGUAAAGACUUGCUGCAAAGUUAAGGCGAACAUCGAUACAAAUUUUUAAACAAUAAGUUGUUUGCAUGUCUUUAAAUUGUUCUUAUGCCUUGGAAAUUAGAUAUACUUGAAUUUACGGCACAUUAUUAUUAGACAUUCUUUGACCGAAAUGCCAGAGAUAUUCAUCAUUAUCAAUAUAAGUCUACUAAAGACAAAUGCAGUAGGUAUCAUAAACCUGUCAAUUAGAAUUUAUUGUGUCAAUCACUGAUUGAUGAUUUCGCGCGAUUUACACACAAAAAAACGGUGUAAAAAUUGGGUGACUGCAGUCCC